AUGUCUGAGAGAAUCAAUGGCACCGUAUCAGAAUGGAAUGGCUCUGUGCAACCUCCUUACGGCUUCAUUGACGUAGAGGGACUUGACAAACACGUUGCGUUUAGCCUUGAGGAUGUUAAAGAGAAUAGGGAUGAAGUCUUAAAAGUUGGAGCGAAAGUUUCGUUUUUGUACGAGCCUGGGACGUUUGAACAAGCAGCAGAUGAUGUUUGUCUUAGCACAUUCACCGUGGCUAUUACACCUGUCUGGUCUGGUCUUGGUUAUCUCUUCUCCAAGGACGCAGUGAAGAUUCUGACUAAAGAAGAGGUGCAGAAACGAAUGGCUCGCUGCGAUGGAAAUAACCACAAUUGA